AUUUGUGUAAUCUCACCGAAAGAUUCUCUACUCGAAGUUCCUAUUCUCGGCUUGAUCGCGCGGACUUUAUUCGGUUUUUCUCAAUCCGCUGUUACUUCGCUUUCGUGGAACGUUGCUUUGUUUCGAUGCAAAUUUUCUAGACGUGACUUCGAAAGUUUUUUCAGUGAGUAUUUGUGUCCUAGGAGGAUCGUGACAUUGAACUUCGUUAUUAGCGUUGAGCGAUAAGGAAGAUCCUACAUCGUUUAAAAAUGAUUGAACAGAAAAAGUAAACACGUGAAGUGAAAUGCUAGUGGUCUGAUUGAUUCGAAAGCAGAAAAGUGUUGAAGUGAAUGCGUUGGCCGUGUGUGUGUUUUUUUUUGUAACUUCUUCGAUAGAUACGACAUCAAGGCAUAGUUGCGGAAAAAGACGUGAUUGACCUGUCAAGUGUUUGCCCUGAAGAUUCAGGCCGAAUCUCGCAAGUAUCGUAUCGGACAGUGAACGAGUGUCUAUACCAAGUGGAUAGUGAUAAGCCAAGAUACACGGAACUGGAAAGUUGUAGCAAUGAAUGCGCAGGAAAGGCGAGCAUCUUUCGCAAGGAGAGCGGAAAGCUUGAUUGAGCGGGUGAGGAUAAUGAAAACUAUUUAUGAGAGAUAUGCUGUUAACACAGAAAAAAGUGGAGAGAUUAUUGUCACAGUUCAGGGCGACCUCACGCAGCAGGAAAAACGUGCCGUAUUCCUUACCGUUCACGAUUUGGGAUGCAAUCAUGCCUCGUUCGAGGAGUUUGUGAACAGUGCGUGUAUGAUCGAGAUCAAAGAGCGGUCGUGUUUCAUUCACAUCGACGUUCCUGGACAUGCUGACAAUGCUCCCAAUCUGCCAGAGAACUUCCAGUUUCCAUCGUUGCAGUUACUGGGAGAAGAAUUGGUCACUGUUUUGGACUUUCUCCACGUGAAAUAUGUCAUAGGCCUAGGCGAAGGUGCUGGCGCCAACGUCUUGGCCAGAUUUGGCCUUGCUCAUCCUUCCCGAUGCCUCGGCCUGAUUCUGAUCAACGUUACUGGAUCGGCGGCCUCGGUUCUGGACGCGUUCAAAACCAAGUUUAUCAGCUGGAAGGGAGAUGAAAUCGGUCAGUCAGCCGAAGAUUUUCUGCUGUAUCACAAGUUUGGCUAUCAACUGGUUGGUGACAAUCCAGAUAAGGAGAAGAUUGUAACAGAGUUCCAAAGCCGACUGCACAAAUCGCUGAACAACAAAAAUCUGAAGCAAUACGUCAAAGCAUUUAUGAACCGCAAAGAUUUGCCUCUGAAGAACUGCAAAGUCGAUUUACUGUUGAUAACUGGUGUCAUGAGCCCGUAUGCCGGUGUAGUUGAGAAACUGUACAAGGACCUGAACAAAGAAAAGGUUACAAUGCUAAAGGUUGAACGUGCCGGCGAUGUUUUGGCAGAUACUCCGGCCAAAGUGGCCCAAUCGAUUCUGCUGUUCUGCAAGGGUCAAGGUCUGUUAACAUCGGUUGCCAUGCCUGGAGUGGACCGCAACAGGGCUUUCUCAACCAGUUCGGGAGGAUCGGCGGACGGCACCCCCGGAGGCAGACGCUUGUCUCGCGGAAUGUCGAUGGAGGACUAUGACAAGCCCAACAUUAGACGGCUCAGUGUUACCAUCAACGAACAGCUGCCACCGAUCAAAAAGUAGACGACGCUGGUCAGGUUGAAGAGGACAUUAUUUCAAAAUGUAUGACUCAUUACAUUUUAUCGAAAAUAAAUUCAGAUGACAAAAAAUGGGUCACUUGCAUAAACAUGUGCAUGUGCCACAACACACCACAAUAUCAAUUUUUAGAUUUAACGUAUUUUCUAUCUAGAGCAUAAUAACAUGUAGAGGCAGAAUCCUUAUAAUCAAACGAAAUUUCUAGUUCAAGAAGUAAAUCAUUAUGAUGAAAUGAUAAAGAAAUACUGUUCUAAAGUAAUAACACAUAAGUUACGAAAAGGCAACAAUUUUAUAACACUAAAGCCUAAAGGAAAGCAAACAUUGCAUCCUCAAUAAAAAAAACCUCGAUAUAUCUGCAAAAAGCAACUAAACGUAGCCUGUAACUGAUCCCACGAAACCCAGCGGUAUGAAGAGAACGAAGAAUUAUUUGAUAAGGAUAUUUUCAAUUUCCAGAGUCUGUAUACAUCUUCUUAUACUACACUAUUGCAGAGUAUAAACAUAUACCAACUAAAGGAGUAGAGUAAUUCAUAAGCUACCAUAUAUCAGUAACGAUACAACAACAAAAACUAUAUUAUUAUAUCGUGGUACAACUAUCUGCGAUGCUAAGACGAAAACCUUAUUGAACAAUGAGCCAAAAAUAACUUAGAGUCACCUUAGCUUAGUAGAAGAUAACAUUUUACGAAACUUAUCCAAAAAAGAGAAGAUAAGAUUCAUAAACCAAAAACAGUUGUACACGUAAAUCCGAAAAUAUAUUUAAACACAAUUAUUAGAACAAUUGCGUUGUAGCGUUAGCACUUCCGUGCGCGUAGAACAAAUGAUUAUUCGUAUUAUUUAAUUGGUUUUACUGUCGAUUACAAUUUGAAGAAUUAAUAAAACUAUUUGAAUGACAAAAUAAUAACCAUUCUUCACAGGACCGACGAAGGGUCCGGUAAUAACCAUUGCUGACAGGGUCUCUUCCAGAUCCGGCCAGAAAUUCACAACUUAACCUCUGCUAUGUUGGAAAGGACUAUGACUAACGUCAGCAUAUUUUACGUAUGAAUAACACCAAAUGAUUUAUAAACUAUAUCUUCUGUUCUAAACGUACCCGGAAAUUCUUAUUUAAAAUGUCGA